AUGGACCCCUCAACCCCAUAUUGCGGCGAGCUGGCCUCGCCCGGCUGGUUUCAGCCUGUGCUUUCUGUUUUGAUCAUCCUCGGCAUCCUACUCUCCUACCUGCCCCAGCAUAUUCGCAUCAUUUCCCUACGAAGCUCCUUCGGCAUCUCGCCUUACUUUAUCCUCCUGGGCACAACAUCCGGCACCUCCGCCUUUGCCAAUAUCCUUGUCUUCCCGAAGACCGCCGCGGAUGUCGCCUGCUGCCAGGAGAUUAGCGGGUUAGCCUGUUUCGCAGGGCUACUGGGUGUGUUCCAGAUGGGCAUGCAGUGGAUCUGCUUUUUCUCGAUCCUACUACUCUUCGUUAUCUACUUCCCUCGAGCUACCUCUCCGACCGACCCAACCCAUUCGGUACCCUCCACCUCAAACGGGCCUACAUAUCGCACUGCACUGGUUAUCACUGCUAUUUGUCUGCUGCAUGCCCUCGCGACCGUCAUCAUCUCCGUCGCAUUUGCAAUCCGCCAACCUACCGCUCUCCAUGCCUGGGCGAACUUCCUGGGAAUCCUCGCCGCCAUCUUGGCAUCUAUCCAGUACUUCCCGCAGAUCUACACAACCUUCCGACUCGGCUGUGUUGGCAGCUUGAGCAUCCCGAUGAUGUGCAUACAGACGCCCGGAAGCUUGGUCUGGGCGGCAAGCUUAGCCGCUCGCGAGGGUGCGAAGGGCUGGAGUGUAUGGGGCGUGCUGGUGGUUACCGCCUGCUUGCAAGGCACCCUCUUGGUGAUGGCGAUCUACUUUGAAUACUUUGGACCCGACAGCAAGAGCAAAGCCGUGCAUCAGGCCGACCAGAACGGUUCGGCCAACGGCGCCGCGGCGGAGAGACCCGAGCGAGAAUCGAUGCACGCAGAGCACCCCUCCGAAGAGACUCCACUGCUUCAGAGCCAGUGA